AAACAUGAACACAUGUUAUAUUGCACACUAUAAACACAAUCAAAGCUUCAAAAAACCACGAAAAAAGGGACCUUUAAUGAGAACACAGCAAGUGUCCUCAUAAACCAUGUUUAUACACGUUACAUUACAUGUUUAUAACCAUGUAAUACCUAUACCAUUAUACACAUUUGUGUCCUCAUAAACCAUACUGUAUAUACAAGAACACGUUUUCAUGUUUUAUGGGGACUUUUCAUAGACAUAAUGAUUUUUAUACUGCACAAACACAACCCUCAUAGAAAACAUUCUGCAUUUUCAAAAAACAGCAUACAAUAUGAUUUAUAAGCUGUUUGCCUCAUGAAGACCAAAAAAUCUCCCCACAAGGACAGGGAUUUCAGAUAUUGCCAUCUUUGUGGUCUAAAAACCCCCCUCCCCUUAUACACACUUCACACAUCUUCAAUCUCAAUCUCCUUCCUUCUAUUUCACAGACAUACACAAAUAUCACACACGUUUGUUUUUCAUGAUGGAGACUUUCCACUAACUUCUAUUGUCUUUAAACUGAGCUAAUGGUAUUUCCUAUCCUCUAAAUCGAACCCUCACAAAAACAGAAAUUACAAAAAGACCUCAUUUAGUAUAUUUAUUAAACUGUUUUCCUCAUGGAGACCAUUUUAUGCAGGUGAUUUCAAGCUUUACCAUCUUUGCAGGGACAUUUGGAUCUUAACAAUGUAGGCAAAACAAACACAUAAAUAAUAGACACAUUCAUUCAAACACAAAGUAAUUUGCAAUAUUAGCAGGAAAAUAUCAUUAUCUCUUGUAUAUAUCAUGUAUGAACAGUGUUAAACUCUGUAGGAGUGUUUAGGACUGAAAAUUUCAAUCUUAUUAACAGCAGGCAGCUGUAAAUUUGAUAUCAAUCCUCUCUGCGUUUGAUGUACAUCUUUAUCGCCUCCCUCUCCGUAUCACUCUCUUCCAUCCAUUUCUCCAUACUUAGCUCUUCCUUUUGCUUCUCUAUCAUCUCUUCCUCUAUCACUCCCUCGCUACCCCGACCAUCACACUGAGCCAAUACUGCUGGAGGCUGUCCAUCUCUCUCCCUCUCUCUGUCUCUUUUAGCCCCCUCCCUCACUAUUUCUCUCUCUCUCUCUCUCUCUCUCUCUCUCUCUCCAUGUAUCAGUGCAUGUAGUCGACACUCGCUCCUAGUCGCUCGUUGGUUCGUGCAAACAUCUCAACUGCUUGCAAAGAAGGAGAAGAAUAAUAACAAAAACAAUGAGUGGAAACCAGAGAAAAAACUGAACUAGAAACAAAUAACAGAAGUAUGAAGGGGAACUGCUAAAAAUAUCCAGCACAACAAAAGAUCUGUCAUUUUUCCUUUUUGUGCUCUAAUUUUUCUUUUUCUGUUCUCUCGUUCUCUGGAUACCUGACCGACAGGAUUAAAAAUGACUUAAAUUUCAAUCAGCUGGGGCAGGAGAGAAAGAAAGAGGGAUGAAAAAAGAGGAGUUUGUCCUCUGAAGAGAUUCAGCGGCUCACAGCUGGUGAGAACGAGGGAGCGUUAGACGGAGAGAGAGAAAUCAAGAGAGGGAGGGAAGAGGACCGGUGUCCGAAAGAGAGAGAAAGAGGGUCUUGUUUCGCUUUUGAGGAAGCCAGGAGUCGGAUCGCCUUUUCCUGCAGGACUACUCAACUGGAAAUGCUGGAAAAGCAGUCAUUCCUCACUCCCACCACCCUAUUUUUCUCUGUGCUUGGGACGUUAUUUUGCCGUAAGACAUAAAGGCCUCAGAACUGGCAGCUCACUGGAAUCCGACACUGAAAGACAAAUGGAACAAACAACUGAAGAGGCGAAUACAUGAAAACAACAAUCAGAGCAAUUUAGGAGAACACAAACAAGGUGCACAUCUGGAAUAAAGAAUAAACAGACUGACAGAAUGAGAGAGCAAGAUGAGGAGGUGUUGAAUGGGAAAAUGAGCACAUGAACAUCGCAGGUGGAUGGAAAGGAGCAGGAAAAGAAGAUGAGGAGAAGAUAAAAACAGCAGGAUCUUGGAAAAUAGAGGGGCAGAACAGCUGGAAAGACUCAAAAGUGGAAGAAUAUGAUGAAAAUCUUAAAAUGCGUUCAGUGGAAAUGUGAAACUGCUGGAAGGCCCCAAGGCCAAAAUGUUUCACAGCAGGAACAUUUUAACAAGGGAAGAGCAUAUCCCUGUGUUUUCCACAAACCAAACUGGAGGAGAUAUGAGUGGAAUUGACAGUCUGACUCAAGUCGAAUCCUCAUGUUUGAAGUGUGAGCAUGGACACGGGAUAGACACACAAACACUCGUGGACACUUCUCUACCUUUAUAAGGGAUAAACACCUCAGUCUGGAUUAACAAACACCUCUAAAACUUAAACACACAGAUAAACAUCUGGAAAUGAGCAGCUAAUUGAACUGGGAUCAACACAGACAGAAAAGGUCUGUGGAUCACUCCCCUAUCUACCAUGCAAGACUCCCCACCCCUUCAGCCAUUCAGAAAACAGCAUCUGUCCCACAUUUUAUGCCAUCCUCACAAGAACACACACUCCCCCUCAUUCCCCUCUCAUCCGCCCAUCCAUCUGAAUCAAAAUAUCCUCAAGCCCUCUGAAGCAUUUCGUCAAUCCUCUCCUCCGCUGUGGCCAAAGUUCACCAGCAGAUACUCACCCCCAGACACAUCCUCACUGACACUGCCACUGCCAUUACUGCACUGGUUGGCACUGUUCACUUGUGCCUGCUUGCUGCCUGCUCUUUUCGGUCAGAUUCCAGGAGCCGUAGCCGGUGAGACGUGGGGCGUAGUCUCUGCGUGUCCCUUCCACUGCGUCUGCAGGAAUCUCUCUGAAUCUCUAAGUACACUUUGUGCUGACAAAGGCCUUCUUUUCGUCCCACCAAACAUUGACCGUCGAACCGUUGAGCUUCGUCUCGCUGACAACUUCAUUCGAGAAGUAGGAGGAACUGAUUUUGCCAACAUGACAGGACUGGUGGAUUUGACACUAUCCCGAAAUACCAUCAGUCUCAUCCGGCCACUGGCAUUUGCAGAUCUGGAAAGUCUUCGGUCAUUGCACUUAGACGGCAAUCGACUGUCAGAGCUGGGCCCAAGAGACUUAGUAGGAAUGCUAAACCUGCAGCAUCUCAUUCUCAACAACAACCAACUCAUCAAUAUCUCCUCCGAGGCCUUUGAUGACUUUUUACUCACUCUAGAGGACUUGGACUUAUCCUAUAACAAUCUGCGCAAAGCUCCCUGGGAUGCCAUUCAGAGCAUGGCCAGUCUGCACACAUUAAACCUAGACCACAAUCUCAUUGACCAGAUCGCUGAGGGGUCUUUCAGUGAGCUCUACAAACUAGCCCGAUUGGACAUGACCUCAAAUCGCCUACAGACUUUACCACCUGAUCCGUUGUUCGCUCGCUCCCAAACAGGGGUAAUCAGUCCUACACCCUACAAUGCUGUGAUCAACUUGAAUUUCGGAGGUAACCCAUUACACUGCAACUGUGAACUGCUUUGGUUGAGGAGGCUAAUCCGCAGUGAUGAUAUGGAGACAUGCGCUACACCCCUUCAUUUAGCGGGACGUUACUUCUGGUCUAUUCCUGAGGAGGAAUUUGCCUGUGAGCCUCCGCUUAUUACCCGUCAUACACACAAACUCUGGGUUUUGGAGGGUCAAAGGGCAACACUCAAAUGCCGUGCUAUUGGUGAUCCAGAGCCAGUGGUGCACUGGGUCUCACCAGAUGACCGCAUUAUUGGCAAUUCCAGUCGCACCACAUCUUUCCGAAAUGGCACUCUUGAGCUACUUGUGACUGUUGCUCGUGAUGAUGGUACGUACACUUGCAUUGCUAUCAAUGCUGCAGGUGAGGCCACCUCGCUAGUUGACCUGAAGGUUAUCCCUCUCCCUCAUCGUGGAAAUGGAACGGUACUGUUAACUCGUGACCCAGGAUCUUCGGACAUCACCAGAGGGAAAACCUCCAGUGGGCAAAGCCCUGGCCAGGACACUAAUAGUGACCCCCAGGAGGGACUGGAGGAGGGUCAGGCAGAGGGUGAGGAUGUGGCCAGUGAAGGGGCUGAGGAGCAGAUGGUGAGAGUACAAGGAGUGACAUCCACCUCAGCACAAGUGAGAUGGGAUAAGGGUCGUCUAAUGGGAGCCAACCUGGUGUGGAUGUAUCAAAUACAGUAUAACUGCACUGCCGACGAGACACUAAUUUACAGGAUUCUGCCCCCCACAAGUGACAGCUUCCUACUGAAAAACUUGGUCUCUGGCUCAGACUACAAUUUGUGCGUGCUAGCCAUUUUUGAUGACACAGUCACUUCCAUGGCCGCCACAACGGUCAUUGGUUGCACCCAGUUUAGCACCAAGGACAAUUACCCAGACUGCCGUUCACUUCAAGCCCACUUCCUUGGCGGGACUCUUACCAUUCUGGUUGGUGGAGUUGUUGUGGUAACGCUGUUGGUGUUUACCGUUGCACUGAUGGUACGUCACCGUGUUUGCAGUAACCAUGACAAUCAUCAUGAAAUAGGUGAAGAGGUGGGAUGCUCAGGAACAGACUCCCCACCUCUUCCUGCUAAGGGAGCUGAUGUCUUUUCUCAGAGUAAUGGAAAUGGGAAUGUGAUGAUGGUGGUGCUGCCCAACGGGCUUGUUCAAAAACGAAAAGUGGCAGAGGGGGGGUUGGGGUCACCGCCCAAAUCAACUUCCAGAGUAAAACCAAAAACCCUCCCAAAGCCCAAAGUGAAUCUGGAGCAGUUUAGGGCAGGACUAGAGAUCGAGAUGGGGUCCAUCAGACCUCUUCCACCAUACACACUAGAGAAAGAGCAAAUGUCUUUGUAUUAUACCCCCAGUAAUCAUUCCCCCUCCACACUGCCACGUCCGUCACGCCCAUUAGGAGCAAAACCACUCAAACUCCGACCUACCAACAUGGACACAAGUAAACGGGCCAGUUUAAGCUUGGCUCCACCCCCAAAGUACAGGUGUGACAGGCGGUUCAGCACGGGAGGGGGCAUUGUAGUCCGCCGAGGAGGACCAGAGAGCCAAUGGAAUUCCUCACUGGCCUAUCAGAGCCCUGCGUUGUCCCAUGAGAGUCCUCCUCAUGGUGCCCUGCGCUACAAGAGAAGCUCUUCAUUUGACAUGGGUGAAAUCGCCACGUCAGCCUGCUAUAGUUACGCCAAGAGAUUUAGCGUAAUCUGGACCAAACGGAGCCAGUCGUUACAUGGCAUGCUUGUCCAGUGCACCUCAGCAACAAGCACCUCAACAACCAGCAGUGGCAGUGAAGAUUUCCACGCGCAGCAUACACGCGGAUACAUCCGUGCCUACAACACCACCAACUCCAAUUCCAACCCUCCGAAAGCGGAGGUUACAACAAAUUCAAAGAAUCAGUGGCUGAAGGAUAAAGAAAAGGACAAAGAAAAGGGAGAAGAACUUGAGGAGAGUGUAGUGUAGGGAAAGAGAAGACAGAUGAGACAGUUCUGUUAGGACCUUGAGAUGGAUGUGAAAGGAUUCAAAGAUCAAACCAGUUUGAAGGAGAGCUGAAAAUGUGGUACAGUGAUUGUAUGAGUGACUGAACCCUAGGGGGAAAAACAGCCUAAGAUGGUCUGGUGGUCUUAGCUGCUCUUCCAAUUGGGUAAUGGUGGUCUAGUUUGCUGGUUUUAAAGGGGUUUUGGGUACUUGACAGCUGGUCAGCCUGGGAGACCAGCCAGCUAAACCAGCUGAAGACUAGCUUGGCCACAAUGAGAGUAAACCAGCUUAGACAAGUCAUAAGAUGGUUUUAGACAGUUUUUUUUCUUUCAAAAGAGAUGAAGAUCUCACACAAUAUUGAUGAAUCAUUUAAGAAGAAGAAAAAAGACAGAAAAGGCAGAAAGAGUGUAGACAGCAGAUAUAAAAGUCAAUACUCCUAAAAAAUACAACAUGACUGCUUUGUGAGUGAAUCUUGGAGAACCACAAACUAUAUAUAUAUAUAUAUAUAUAUAUAUAUAUAUAUAUAUAUAUACACAUAUAUACAUAGUAAUGCAAAAAGUCAAUAUGAACAAAAUAUACAUGACUAAAGACAAGCAGCCACGUGCACACAGGGAGAGGGCCAGCAAGCAGACGUGCCGACUCAUGGCUAAUCGAUCGGAAGAGAUCAAUUGAUAUUUGCAACAAUGGCAUUACAGCAAAUGUGGAAUGUAGAGGAUGCAAACUGCAAGGAAACUGAACGUGUACAAAUGGAACAAUGGUGGCAUGAUUUGAAACACUUUUAGAAAAUAAAUGGGCAUUGACUGACAAUUGAUAUUUUGUAUGUGAGGCUAUAUGUGUGUGUAUAUGUGUGUGUAAGUGAGUGAAUGGAUUAAUGCACAAAAAAGUAAUCAAAAGUAAUUUUAUGACACCACUGGAUCUACUGUAACAUGUGAUCACCACCAUCCAGUACAAAAAUGUAUUAUGUGAAGCCAAGAGACUAUUAUGUUGCCGUAAGGAUGCUGGACUAUUAUAGAAGGAAAAAUUAUAUAUAUAUAUAUAUAAAAAAAUGCCAUUCCAAAAAUCACAAAAUCAGUGAAUAAAUUCUGUUUUAAAAUACAUUUUGUUUGGAGAAAUGGAUAAAAGGAAAAUAAUGGGUUAAAGAUUUGCCAGAAAUGUUUCUUUUUGUCUUUCAUGAAUGAUGCAGUGAAAAAAAAGUUCAGUUUUUUGUUGGAGUAAAUUCAAUGUCAAUGUCAAUGUCAUCAAGUGUUAAAAUGAUUUUUCUUUACUGAGUACAGAAAUGAAAAUUAAAGUAAGGAGCAGUGAUA